AUGUCAGUGCACGCGGCACGCGGUCGGAACAGCGGCGACACCCCCGGUGGCCCUUCUUUCCAGAAGGGCUCGUCCCCGAACGCCUGCAGCCUCAGGGGCAGCCUGAAGCCGCACUCAAGGCUGGAUGCGUCAGAGCGGGAGAACCGCGACCCGUCCUGGAGCCCUGCCAGGAGAAUCAGAGACAUAAACUGCACUUACGUUAUUUCUGCCGGUGAGCCCCCCGGGGACACGACCCCGGCCCCCAACCUUGCAGGCCGACCGACCCUUCAGAGAAGAGUCACAAGGAGCAAAGAACCGUCGUUGCUCGGAAAUGAGGCGGGAGGGUCACCUGAAAAAACGCCAGAGACCCGUCUUGUGUUGCAGCGUCGCACUCGAACAGGCCCUGUGGACAAGCAGGCAGCGGUGCGGGGCGCGGGCGCAGCUCUGCGGGAGAGUGGAGCCACCGUCAAGGCCGUUGGUGACGGAAGAGACGCUUUCGCUGCCUCUGCGGUGCCCGCAGCGGAAGGCGCAAAAGGCGCUGAACUGGUGGCGGAUGAAGAAUACAAAGACAUGUUUUCCAUCCUCGGGGGGGCGGGGGACAGUGUGGCCCUGCCGUACUUAAGUCACAGCACGCCCAUCCGUUCCCAGAGUCACACUGGGGCUGUUCGACCAGGACACUUGGCCACAAAACCCGCGCAGAGCACGUUGGACAUCAAGGGGCCGGGACCCGGAAACUGGCAUCAUAGAGGUGCCGGGAAGGAUACUGUGAAAAACACAAGUCCACUGGGAAGCUUAGAGAAAAGGACGCCCACCGCGCGUCCUGCAGAGCCCAAGCUGACCCCGCGCUGUGGCUCACUGCAGCUUAAGGGCCGGGCUGCGUCCGUCCGGAACACCGGCACGCCUGGCUCUCAGCUUCAACAGAAGCCAAAAGGCCCCCUUGUCGCAAGUCAAGGGGACAGGUCCCAAGAACACACACUUCCUCCCCAGGAAGAAACUGUGGUUCGGGGCAGCUCCACCCAAAGAGACCCCCCAAGAGCGGAGAGCAGCCAGGUGACGGUGGCCGUGCGCGUGAGGCCGUUCAGCAAGAGGGAGAGGGACGAGCACGCGUCCCAGGUGGUCUUCGUGGACGGGGAAGAAAUAGCCGUGAGACACCCGGACUCGAGGCACGUGUAUAGCUUUGCUUACGACGCCGUGUUCUGGUCCUUCGACGAGGCUCACCCCCGCUACGCCGGCCAGGCCGCGGUGUACGGGACCCUGGCGGCGCCCCUCCUCGCGCGCGCCCUGGAAGGCUACAACGCCUGCCUCUUUGCCUACGGGCAGACCGGCUCCGGGAAGUCCUACACGAUGAUGGGAUUUGGUGAAGAUCCAGGAGUCAUUCCAAGAUUCUGUGAAGACCUUUUUGCUCAAGUAGCCGCUACCCCAGAGGUUAGGUACCACUUUGAAAUGAGCUUCUUUGAAGUGUACAAUGAAAAAAUUCACGACCUCCUGGUUUGUAAAGGUGAAAGCGGGCAGGCAAAGCAACCGCUGCGCGUCAGGGAGCACCCCGUUUCCGGGCCCUAUGUCGAAGCUCUGACCGUGAAUGCCGUCAGCUCCUACUCUGAUGUCCAGGGCUGGCUGGAGCUGGGGGCCAAGCAGAGGGCCACGGCCGCCACGGGGAUGAACGACAAGAGCUCCCGGUCCCACGCGGUGCUGUCCCUGCGGAUGACGCGCGCCCAGACGGAGCGCGUGGACGGGGAGGAGCACGAGCACAGGGUGACCAGCCGCGUUGACCUCGUGGACCUGGCGGGCAGUGAGCGCUGCGGCCCGGCCGGGGCCUGCGGGCAGCAGCUCAGGGAGGGUGUGAGCAUCAACAAGUCCCUGCUGACGCUGGGCAAGGUGGUGUCUGCGCUGGCGGAACGCGGGGGGCGGAAGGGGGCGUUUGUCCCCUACCGCGAGUCGGUACUCACCUGGCUGUUGAAAGAGAGCCUGGGCGGCAACUCGAAGACGGCCAUGGUCGCCACGGUCAGCCCGGCCGCCAGCUGCCUGGAGGAGACCCUGAGCACGCUGCGCUACGCGCGCCAGGCGCGCAGCAUCGUCAACGUGGCGCGUGUGAACGAGGACGCGAGCGCGCAGCUCAUCCGAGACUUGAAAGCAGAAAUUGAAAAGCUGAAAGCUGCUCAGAGAAGCCGUCAGCAGGUUGACCCUGAACGAUACAGGCUCUGUCGGCAGGAAAUAACCUCGCUGAGAAUGAAGCUGCACCAGCAGGAGCGGGACAUGGCGGAGAUGCAGAGAGUGUGGAAAAAGAAAUUUGAAGAAGCUGAAAAAAGAAAGCAUCAGGAAAUAAAGGAGUUACAGAAAGCGGGAAUUGCCUUCCACGCGGACAGCCACUCGCCCAGCCUGGUCAACCUCAGCGCAGACCCCCAGCUGUCGGAGAUGCUGUUUUACGUGAUAAAAGAAGGCACCACCACGGUGGGCAAGAGCGGCCCCUCCUCCAGCCCCGACAUCCGGCUCUCGGGGGUGCUGGUGGCCGAGGACCACUGCACGAUCAGGAACGUCGGUGGGACCGUGAGCCUGGUCCCGGCGGGGGAGGCAGAGACCUACGUGAACGGCAACCUCGUCUCGGAACCCACGGUGCUGCACCAUGGUGACCGUCUGGUCCUCGGCGGAGACCACUAUUUCAGGUUCAGUCACCCGGCAGAAGCCCAGGCGGGGAAAAGGCCAACCGGGGCAGACGCCCCCAAGGGCGAGGGCCCGAAGGACUUUGAGUUCGCCAGGAACGAGCUGCUCGCAGCCCAGCGGUCGCAGCUAGAGGCCGAGGUGCGGGAGGCGCAGCUGCGAGCCAAGGAGGAGCUGCUGCGCGGCGCCCAGAUCGCCCAGGAGGUGGCCGCGCGCGAGCUCGCCGGCCAGCGGGCCGCCUACGAGCGCCGGAUCGAGGCCCUGGAGGCGCAGCUGAAAGAAGAGUCUCAAAGGAAGGAAGUGCAGGCGAUAAGUAACCAGAAAGCUGCUCACAGAAUCGAGGAACUGGAGAAGGCGAAGCAGCGCCUGGAGCAGGAAAUCCACGUCAACAGGAGGCGGCUGGAGGUGGAGGGUCUGGCUGCCAAGCAGGCUCUGGAGGACCACCGCAUCCGCCACACGAGAAUCCUGGAAGCCCUGGAAGCCGAGAAGCAGAAACUUGCCCGGGAAGUGCAAACGCUGCAGCAGCACCAGAGCAGCAGGGGUGAAGCUUCCGCAGCGCAGGCGACCUGGAGCGCCCUGAAGUUGUCGCUGAUGCUGCGGGAGGCCAACGCCGUCAGCAGCCGCCUCCACGGGCAGUACGUGUUUGGCAGGCACGAGCCGUCCGACGGAGGCUGCGGCGCCGAGGCCCGCGUCCGCGUGCACAACCUGCGUCUCGGCGUGUCCACCGUCUGGAGCCUGGACAAGUUCGAGUCGAAGCUCGCCGCGAUGAAGGAGCUUUAUGAGAGCGACUGCGGCAGCCGCAGCGAGAGCCUCUUCUGCGACCCCGAGGACGAGUGGGAGGCCGACCUGACCGGUGACCCCGUGUCUUCGUUGACCAAAAGGAGGAGCAGGGGCUUGGCACGGAACAGGAGGGUCUCCGGCUACCUGCGCGGCGUCCAGGCUCCGCCGGCUCACCCGGCGGUUUCUGUCGAAACAGGCCUCCUGGAGAAGCCGGGCUCCGCGUGCUCCAGCCCCACGGGCGCCCUCCUCCCCGGGAUCUGCAGAGACGUGAUCGGUGCGUCGCUGGCUCUUCUUGGAGAGAGUCACGCGGACCAGACGGCGGCCGACAGCCUGAUGGGCAGCCUCCUCGAAGUCCACCGAGGGCUGCUCGCCCUCUCCCAGGCUCACGCGGCUCAAGACGAGGACAGCCAGGAAGACCUGUUCUCUGCUGACCGGGCCACCCAGGCGCGUGCGGUCCAGCUCGCGUGGGCCUUUGGGCGGCUCGCUGUGCUCGUGGCGCACUGGCCGGGCGAGGCCGCUCCCUGCCCCAGCGCCGCCAGGCUGGGCGAGGAGCUGCGGCAGGAGGUGAAGGAGCUGGGCGGCUGCUUGCAGGUGUUUCUGCAGGGGUGCUGUUCAGAUAUCUCGUCGAUGGUGAAGGACGCGCAGGAGAGGGCCACCCACGUCACACGACAAGCUGUGAAGUUCGUGGGACAGCUGGCGGUUCUCACCGGGGACCGACUGCGUCCCCUGGAGGACAGUGGCAGUGUGAGCGCCGGCCACCAGGAGGACUUCGUGGGCGCCGUCGGGGCCGGCGUGCGCGCGGGGAUGCGGCUUCUCCUCGACUCGGGGCUGCAGCAGGCGGAGGAGCUGGGGCGCAGGCUGCAGCGGCAGCGCCCGCAGGGCCAGGUGGCCCGGCAGGCGAGCGCCCGCGCCCUGGCGUUCCUUGGCUCCCUGGAGCGCGCCUUCGCCGAGUGGAAAACGAAAAGUCCCGGGAUUCAAGCACAGGAGGAAAAUCCCGGGCGCGAAGAGGUGGAGAAGGUGGUUGCAUGCGCCUCGGAGUUCCUGAAGUUGAAGUGUCGCCUGGAGCAGACCGUCGAAGCCGUCCUCGCUGCCCUGGCAGGGUGUGGCGGCGACGUGGGCCGCCUCCGGACCUGCGUGGAGAGCAUCUGCAGCGCAGCCCGGAACGUGGCCCGGGACGUGGCUGGGGAGGCGGGCGCUGCCUCUGUGGCCGGCAGUGACCGGGACUGCGGGGACCUGGAAUCUGCGGCCCGCUCGCUCCUCCUCUGCUUCGAGUCCGAGGAGAGACCUGCCUCGCCGGAACCCAGGGGCCCGUGCCAUCCGGCCGGCAGAGAGGGGCCGCGGCUGUCCCAGGCCGGCAGGCUCAGGGGCGUCCCCAAGCGUGUCUACGAGCUGCCCGCCGGUGCCCCACGGAGCCCACAGGGCUGCAUGCCCAGCAGGACCCAGUGGGUGUGA